GUACUUCUGCAUCACUCCGACAACCGGAAGUUAUUCAAUCCGCAGUGUACUCGAAGAAAAGAUUUGCUCGAUUGCUGGCUGAUUAGUGAGAGCAGUGAUACCAUGUGGAAGUCACAUGAUGGACGAGGAUGAGGCAUAAACAAGGGGGCAGCUUGACGAGAGAGCCGCUGCAACACAGUGUCUGCCACCAGGAGCCAGGGGGGGUUAUUGCUUGGACAAAGAUCCCACACAAGCAGCCCCCCUCCUGUGACUCCCUCCUUUUUUUCUGAGCAAUUACUAAGAUGAACAGCACAACUACUCAGACCCCUCCUUUAGUAGAUAGGGGUGGCACAGUCGGCUAUAUUCUGGUGCCAUUUUUCCUUAUAACCCUGGCUGGGAUCGUUGCAGCUGUGGUCAUGUACAUUCGUAGGAAAAGAAGAAUUGACAGACUUCGUCAUCAGCUGUUACCCGUUUACUCCUACGAUCCCUCAGAGGAGGUCAAUGAGGCCGAGCAGGAAAUGUUGUGGAGAGAAGAAGACACAAGGAUCGUACAAGGCUGGGCAAAAAGUUUCCAACAGCGACGCCCUCUUCUAACCAAAGACAUCGAAGCGUGAUGGCACUAAAACCCUGGCAACGAACAUUUUUGCAGAGGGAGAACAACCUUCAGUAAUCCAGAUUAGUCAUGUUUUACUCCGAUUUAUGACUUUGUUUUCCUUCUUUGCUCCUGUUAUCUCUGUGACAGCAAGCCUUUCGUUUUCUUGUGCCAUUCUGCCUGCUAUAGAAAUGCAGUUCCCCAGACUUAUUUAUUUAAAGAUUAUUUAUCAAACGUUAUUUUAUUGUGGUACUCGAUGACGUCAAAGUCCUGGAAGGCAGAAGAUACGAGCUGCUGUUUACAUUCUUAUUGUUGUUGUGGGCACCGUGCGGCAGGCAGCUCAGUUCCUGUGGUUUGCAGGAGGUACUCGUAUUGAUCGUAACUCGGCGCG